AUGGCGACAAAUUAUGUCCUAUUAUCGCGAGACAACCCCACAACGUCUGUUUAUAACACCCUCGCAAAGGAAGUUCAAUGCUACGGUCUCCCAUACGGCGGCCUUGGCUUCGUCUCACACGUCCCUAUCUACUACACGAUUGUCUGCUUAUGGCGCGGUCGUAAACCAAUGAUGCCAUUCCGGCCAGUCAAAUACUCAUGGUUCGACCUGACUCUCGGAGUGGUGGGUCUAUGUGGAUCUACGGCUAUGUCGAUCGUUACGAUUGUGAGGUGCCGGAACACCUGGCAGUUGUUGGUUAUCGCGAUCUGGAAGUUGAGCAUGUCGCUCUUGAAUGGCAUUACCGCGAUUCAUGUCGCUCUACUCUUCCUGAAAGCUUCUCAAAAAGAGCGGCUGGAGGGUGCAGUAGUUGAAGUUCCGAUGGACGACUUGGGAACCGAGCGGAAGGAGCAAGCAGCGCGAUUACUUCAUUGA